AUGCGCGCGUCGCGCGGCGCCGCGCUCGACGCGUGCGUCCUGUGCGUCCUCUCCUCUCUGCUUUACCUCAACACCCUCCACGCGGACUUCACGUACGACGAUCAGUACGCGAUCCUGUCCAACGCGGACGUCGUCGACGCGGCGAACUACCGCGGCGGCGACGUCACCGUUCGCGCGCACGACGCGAGCGUCCUCGCGGCGACCGCGCGCGACCGCGCGACGCGCGAAUCCGCCGCGCGCGACGCCGCCGAGGGAGAAGAAACACACGCCGCGUCGGCAUGCGACGCCGAAGAAUCGCGCGGCACAGACGCGUCGUCCUGCGAUGCCGCGGAGAAGACGACGACGACGACGACGCUCGCGGACGUCCUCGUCGGCCCCGCGUUCUGGACGCGCGAUUUUUGGGGCCAAGAUCUGCGCGACGCGGGCUCGCACAAAUCCUGGCGCCCGCUGACCGUGCUCUCGUUUCGCGUCAACGCCGCGGUCGGCGGCGCGGAGCCGACGCCGCGUCGCGCGCUCGUCGGCGCCGAGGGCGACGCGCGCCCGGUGCCGUUCGGAUUCCACCUCGGAAACGUCUCGUGUCACGCGAUCGCGACGUGCCUCGCGUGCGCGCCCGCCCGCCCCGCCGCGUCGCGUCGUUCGGUUUUCCAUCUCAUCCGAUCGCGUCCCGUGCGACUCCCCGACCCCUUCCAGCCCCGUUCGCGUGGUGAACGUACCGCGUUCGUCGGUUCCGGUCAACACGAGGACGGACGUUCUUAG